AUAAUGUCAUAGCUAAUAAGGUAAUAACUAAAGUCUAAAAUGCAAUUUUUGGCGACCAUCAUGAUGAAUGAUCAAUUUAUUAAUCUAUCCCGCUCAGGUGAAGUGGUAAACAUCGUGACUUCGCUAAACGUCAAACAUAUCAUAUAUUUUUUAUCAAUAUAAAUAACAUUCGAGGUUAAUUAAGUCAUUUUUUUUAUGCUUAGGGUCGAUAUAAGUCAGUUUACAUGCUUAUCCUCAACACAUUCACGAUAUUACUACAAGUGGCUUUCAUAGUGUUUAUGUCAUUACUGUCCAUGAAUAUAAUUCGUCAUUUUACAAGUGGAGUUAGAAAAAUGGCUUUAAUUGCUCCUGCUAUGUUUGUUAAUCACGGGGGAGGGCCUCUCCCUCUGCUCGGAGACAAGGACCAUGCAGGACUGACGAGAUUCCUUCGAGACGAGGUACAUAAACAUAUAAAUUUAAAAGAAAUUAAGGCGAUCAUUUUAGUCACUGCACACUGGGAAGAAAAGGUCGUAACAAUUUCGUCUGCUGAACACCACGAUUUGUACUUCGACUACUAUGGUUUCCCACCUGAAUCCUACGAAUACAAAUACAACGCCCCCGGAGAUCCGGAAUUAGCCGAACGGAUACACGAAUCAUUAAAAAAGGCGGGAAUCAAUUCGAAGUUGGAUCCGAAAAGAGGUUGGGACCAUGGAGUUUUUGUUCCAAUGAUGUUAAUCAACCCAAAGGCUAAUGUACCCAUAAUUCAAGUGUCAGUAUUAACAAAUCAAGACCCGGAACAACAUUAUAAGCUCGGACAAGCAUUAUAUGAAUUCAGGAAAGAAGGGAUUGCUGUUCUAGGGUCUGGAAUGUCCUAUCACAAUAUGAGAGAGUUUCGCAACCGUUACCAGUCUGGUGUAGUCAACAAAGAGUUUGAUGAUUAUUUAAAUAAGGUCUGUACUGCGGAGAGUGAGGAAGCAAGAAAAGAGGGUUUAGUGGCAUGGAGAGGGCAUAAGGGAGCAACAGAGGCCCAUCCAAUGCGUGCUGCUGAGCAUUUCAUGCCCCUGAUUGUUAUUGCUGGGGCUGGAGGCUCAAAGGCAGGUGAAAGAAUCUUCAAUUGGGAUAUGAGUGGAACCUUUAGAUUGAGUGCCUUUGUGUGGAAAGAAGAAUAAAAAAAUUGUCUGUGGUAUUGGCUUCAAGUAGUCAUUGGUUGUGAGCAUUUUUUUUUUCUAUAAAAGUCUGCUAAUAUGGCUGCCUUGUAAUUUAAAAAUCGAUAAAAAAAUUGCCAAAUAACAAAUUAAGUAUUGAUUGCAUUCUUCUCAUAUAUUAAGUACAGGAAAAAGAAAAAUCUAAUUUUAAAUUGUAUUAUUUUUUAAGUUUUAUUUGCAAUUUUAUUUUGUGUCUACACAAAGCCGAUUGCAAUCAUUUGUAUUAGCAUAAUGUAUUUAUGUUUUGUUACUAACCUUUUUAAAUAAUAAUUGACUUAAAUUGAAUAAAAAUAUCGAUUAUAAGAUUAUAACAUCUGUUACGCACAUCCAUAAUUAUUUAUUUAAUAGCAAUUUACUCACGCGUAUUUACCGGGUUUGCCUGACUUGUUCGACUCGUUCGCCCGCCGCUCAUGAUUAAGGACUCAGGUUGUGUCCGAAACUAGUCGGACGAUCCCGAUAAAUACGCGUGAGUAAACCGUUACUUCAUUAAUAAUUAUGCAAUUAUAAUAGGCCUCUUAAUAACGUAAUUUACUAAUUACUUGCACUUCCGAGGGUAGUUUGAUAUUUUGGUGAUGGGAUAAAGUCACAUAAUUAUCUUUUUAUAGUAUGCUGAACUGACGAAUGCUGUAUUGUUGUUUCUAUUUGAAAAUAGGUAAAUAGCCAUGUUAGCGGCCGGUGACAGCUUUCGAAGAGCAUAGUCCUCCAGAAAUCCCUCUAAAAACAUGUAUGCGAAGUUUCAUCACAGUCAGUAAAGUAUUUUGCGUGAAAGUGUUACAAACAAGCGGACAACAUUUCAAAUAUUAAUAGUUAUAACCAGUCCAGUAUAUUUAAGGGGUAAAUAAUAAAACAGAUGAAUCACACUAAAAUAUAGAUCAAAAUAUUUACCUUAAAUAGAUUUAAAUGAUAACAAAUUGCUUAAUUAGGAUAUUUAAAUUACCAUGAAGUUAUUAAGAGAUAGACCAAUCAUACAGACCGUCUGCCAUCGCGUCUUAAUAUUAUGAUGCUUGUGGAAGGGUGACAGCACUAUACACGGCGUAGAGUGCCAUCUCUUUUCCACACGUGAUGUAAUAUUACUUUAAAGGUGCGCCCUCAUGCACCCGUUCGACGCUCGUUUGCAGCGACGUAUCUGGCCACGACGAGAGUCUAGUUAUUGAUCUCCUAACCUCAUUCGUUCCCCGUGGCAAUUAUAAAUGUGAAAGAAAUAGGAGUUAUUUAUAGGAAUUCAUUCAUAAACAGCACCACACUUAUGUCGACUCGUCUCAGCACUCACUCUUACUUUUCCCAGCGACAAAGCUCAACAUUUUCAGCUUUGUCGCUACAUAGCACGUGACCAUAUUUGUCGCUGGAGAACAGCGUGGAGCGGCUGCAUGAGGCCGCACCUUAAAGGUCUAAGAGCCCGUGAACCCCAGACCUUCGUUAUUUUAUAAAAGCUGAAAGUUUGUCAGCGCAUACUCCC